ACGAGUCCUCGUAGGAACCGGACGCCAUGGGUCAAACCCUCUCAGAGCCCGUCGUCGACAAGAAAUCAGAAAGCGGCGAUGGCGACUCACUCAUCUUCGGCACCUCGUCCAUGCAGGGCUGGCGGAUCAGCAUGGAAGACGCCCACGCAUGUCUGCUAGAUCUCCAGGCCACGACCGAGGGCGGCAAGCCCACCGAGGCCGAUAAGCGACUCGCCUUCUUCGGUGUCUACGACGGCCACGGCGGCGACAAGGUGGCCAUCUACACGGGCGAGCACCUUUCGGGAGACCUUAAGAAGGCCCUGCAAGACGGCUUCCUGGCUGCCGACAGGGCCAUUCUGAGUGAUCCCAAGUACGAAGAGGAAGUGUCUGGCUGCACCGCCACAGUCGCUGUUGUGUCAAAAGACAAGAUCUACUGCGCCAACGCUGGCGACUCAAGAACCGUCCUCGGAGUUAAGGGAAGAGCGAAGCCUCUCUCCUUUGACCACAAGCCGCAAAACGAAGCCGAGAAGGCCCGUAUUCAAGCAGCCGGCGGUUUUGUCGACUUCGGCCGUGUCAAUGGCAACCUCGCCUUGUCGCGUGCCAUCGGCGAUUUCGAGUUCAAGAAGAGCGCAGAUCUCCCUCCCGAGCAGCAAAUAGUCACUGCCUUCCCCGACGUCGAGAUACACGACAUCAGCGAAGAUGACGAAUUUCUGGUGGUUGCGUGCGACGGUAUCUGGGAUUGCCAAUCUUCGCAAGCUGUCAUCGAGUUUGUCAGGCGCGGAAUUGUCGCCAAGCAGCCUCUCCAGUCUAUUUGCGAGAACAUGAUGGACAACUGUCUGGCUUCGAACAGUGAUACUGGCGGUGUUGGUUGUGACAACAUGACCAUCACUGUUAUUGGUCUUCUGCAUGGAAAGACGAAGGAGCAGUGGUACGAGGAUAUUGCGAAGCGGGUGGCUAAUGGAGAGGGUCCAUGUGCGCCGCCAGAGUACGCUGAGUUCCGUGGCCCUGGUGUACAUCAUCGCAUUGACGACGACCCUGAUGACAUCGACAUGGAGCUUGAUCAGCGCUUCCAGCCGAACCGCGGUAUGGGCGGUCGCAUCAUUCUUCUUGGAGACGGCACAGAGAUCUCGACUGAUGCGCCUGACAGUGACAUGUUUGAUCACGAGGACGAAGACAAGGAUCUCGACUCGCAGGUCGACAAAUACAACAAGGAGUCGAACAGCCACGCUCAAGUCACCGAGUCGCCAUCUUCUGUUCAGACGGAAAAGUCCGACGGCCCCGGUGAAGCGCUGAAAGAAGCUCAGGGCGACAAAAAGCCUGUCGCAGACAAGAUAUAGAUUUGGACAACCAACCCUGUGGACAAAUACGCCACUAUGCGUGAUAUCAAUCUCAGGAUGUUGCGAAUACCUUCUUCAUAC